AGCUGACAUAACCUACAUUAAACUGUCAAAUAAGAAUGGAACACGUCAAACUAAUCCAAGUAAAACUUAUUUAAAUUAAUAAGUUCAUGUAAUAAAUGAAAAUUGAAAGGUAGCAUGAUUUCAGUGUACUAACAGAUAUGGGGUUAUCAAGACAGGAAGUUAAUUUACGCCGGUUACUCGCAAAAUGCGAACUUAUGUGUAAAAGUAAACAAAAAGAUGAUGAACGUAUGCCUAAGUAUGUUGAAUCCCUUGAAGAUAUGUAUUAUGAAGUGAAAAAAUUGUCCGACCCCAAUAACGAAUUUUUGGCUACUUACCUACGAAGGAUAGCAUUCAUCAAAGCAGAAUUAGGAAUCACUACAAGUAAAUAUGAAACAGAAAAUGAAUCCGAGCUUCUUAGAGAGGACCUUUUGGGUGUAAGACACAGAAAUGCACAAAAAAAUCCUUCUACAGAUGAUCUGGACCAAAUAAUUAAUUACCAUGAGAAUAUGCAGCAGAAAAUUACAGAUGACAUGCUUACACUUACAAAGAAUCUUAAAGAACAAUCUGAACUAGCUAAUAAAAUAAUAAAAAAAGACACCGAGGUCGUGAAUAGGUCCUCACAGCUGACUGAUCAAAAUUAUGGUAAACUAGUUACAGAGUCAAAUAAAUUAGCUGAACAUUCCAAAAGGGCUUGGAAAUGUUGGAUGUGGAUUAUGUUAAUUGUUGUAAUUGUUGUUUUUAUAAAUAUGGUUUUAUUUAUGAAAGUUAUGAAGAAAAAAUAAAUAUUUGAACUGGUUUCCUUCUAAGAGUGGAGUGUUCACUUCUUGUUUUCAAAAGUCACGUCCGCUGGGUUAUAAUGGGACAUGGCUUAAUGGUGGUUGAGUAUUGUCCGUAAUUAAGUUUUAUUAAAAAUGGCUUCAAUGUGAUGACUUGUUGCAUAGUCAAUAAUUAUUAUAAGUUAUCUUUUUGUACAAUAUAUACAAUGCAGUGACAAAUAUACACAAAAUAUUAUGAA